ACAAGAGAGUUAAUAGACAAACAGAUCUAAUGAAAACAACUAUUAACAGAAAGAAGGUGUGGAGCUGAACUGUUACAGAAUCCCCCCUCUAAGGGACGGAAAACAAUUGCCACACCGGGUGGACAGAGGGGAUCUGGGGGAGGACUAAUACUCCUCAGACAUCUCCACCCUCUCCUCAUCGGCUGGUGAGUUCUCCAGAUCAGAAGAUGGCUCCUCCUCAUCCUCCCUGAUGUCUGCUGCUGCUAAUGGGAGAGAGGAAACAGCGUCUGGCUCGGUAGCGCCCUUGGGCCCAGAGCCCUUAGCGGGCUGAUCAGGGUGGCUGCGGUGAAACUCUUAUGAGAGGGGCAUCCAGGAUGUGUCGGGCCGGGACCCAGCAUCUCUCUUCUGGACCGUAGCCCUCUCAGUCAACCAGGUAUUGUAACCCUCUUCCACGACGGCGGGAACGAAGCAGGCGUCGCACCGUGUAGGUAAGACCUCCCUUGAUGAACCGCGGUGGCGGCUGUACAGCAGGGGCCAGUGGACUCUCCCGAACUGGCUUUAUUCUGGAGACGUGGAACGAGGGAUGGACCCGCAUGGUCCGGGGCAGUUUGAGCCUCACCGCUGCAGGAUUGAUGACCUUCAGGAUCUCGAAUGGUCCGAACCUGGGUGCCAACUUCUUCGCCUCCACUCGCAAGGGUAGGUCCCUGGUCGAUAGCCACACCUUCUGGCCAACCUGGUAGAUGGGGGCUUUGGAGCGGCGCCGGUUGGCUGCUGCGGAGUAACGAUUGGCCGAGCUGAGGAGUGCAACGCUGGCCUUGGCCCAGGUACGGUGGCAGCGGCGGACUAUGUCCGUGGGUAGGCCGUGAAGCAGAACCAACUCCGCAGUCUCCUUGGCCGAGGAGAGUUUGGGCAAGGGCACAAAGUGGGCCAUCUUGCUGAACCGAUCGACCACUGUUAGGAUGGUGGUGUGCUUGUUGGACAGUGGGAGACCGGUAACAAAGUCCAGGGAGAUGUGCGACAAGGGCCUAUGGGGCACCGACAGUGAUUGCAGGAAACCAGCGGGAGCCUGAUGGGAUGGUUUGUGCUGGUUGCAGACAGGACAGGCGUUGACGAAUUCCCGGGUGUCCUUCUCCAGAGUCGCCCACCAGAACCUCUGCUGCAAAGCAUCCCUAGUAUGCUGGCUCCCAGGAUGGCAAGUGAGUCUGGAGCUAUGGGCCCACUGGAGGACCUCGGACCUCAGGGUCUGGGGAACGAACAGGCGGUCAGGGGGACAGGAACUCGGGCCGGGCUGGGACUCCAGGGCAGCCUUGACUCUCUUCUCUAUCUCCCAGUGAUAGCAGCAACCAAGACGGGGGCAGGAAGGAUAUUGUCAUUGCAAGGGGUGGAAUCCCUCUUGUCCACAAACUGGUGGGACAGGGCGUCCGGCUUGAUGUUAUGAGUACCGGGCCUGUAACAGAGGGAAAAGUUAAACCAGGUAAAAAACAGAGACCAUCUGGCUUGCCGAGAGUUCAGUCUCUUGGCGGACUGCAUAUAUUCAAGGUUCUUGUGAUCAGUCCAACACAAAAAUGGCAGACUGGUCCCCUCCAGCCAGUGGCGCCACUCCUCAAGGGCCAGCUUAACGGCAAGCAGCUCUCGGUUACCAACAUCGUAGUUCCUCUCGGCAGUUGAGAGUCGCCUAGAAAAGAAGGCACAUGGGUGGAGCUUCUGGUCACUGGCAGCCCGCUGAGAAAGGAUGGCCCCACCCCUAACUUGGAGGCUUCCACCUCAACAACAAACUGUCUCUCUGGGUCAGGGACCUGAAGGAUAGGGGCAGAGGUAAACCGGGCUUUAAGGGUCCGGAAGGCCUCCUCAGCCGAGGGUGACCACUGGAACUGCACCUUGAAUGAGGUGAGGGCUGUGAGUGGGGCAGCCACGGUGCUGUAGCCACGGAUAAAUCUCCGAUAGAAAUUGGCGAACCCCAGGAAUCGUUGUAGCUGCUUACGUGAGUCUGGAAUGGGCCAGGACAUCACCGCUGACACCUUGGCAGGAUCCAUCUGCACAAUCCCCUGUCCAACGAUGUAACCCAGGAAGGGAACAGAAGAGGCAUGGAAUUUACAUUUCUCGGCCUUAACGAACAGAGAAUUCCUCAGGAGACGUUGAAGGACGGCCUGGACAUGGUGAAUGUGCUCCUCUCGGGACCUCGAGAAAAUAAGAAUGUCGUCUAGGUAGACGAACACCUGCUUGUUUAACAUGUCUCAGCACAUCAUUCACCAGGGCCUGGAAGACGGCUGGGGCAUGACAAGGUAUUCAUAAUGCCCAGUCGGGGUGUUAAAAGCUGUCUUCCACUCAUCCCCCUCUCGGAUACGGACCAAGUGGUAGGCGUUAAGCAGGUCUAGCUUUGUGAAGAUGGUUGCCCCCCGGAGCAACUCAAAGGCAGAAGAGAUGAGUGGGAAGCGGUUCUUGAUCAUGAUGUCAUUGAGGCCCCUGUAGUCAAUGCAAGGCCUAAGUGACUUGUCCUUCUUCCCAACAAAGAAGAACCCCGCACCGGCAAGUGAAGAAGAGGGACGGAUGAUCCCAGCAGCUAGAGAGGAACCGAUGUACGUCUCCAUGGCCUCUCUCUCAGGUGCAGAUAAGGAAUAUAGGCGGCCCCUGGGUGGGGUAGUGCCUGGUUGCAGGUUAAUGGCACAGUCGUAGGACCGAUGUGGAGGCAGAGAUGAGGCCCUGACCUUACUGAACACCUCCCGAUAGUCAUGGUAUUCCGUAGGCACUCCUGACAAGUCCAACGCAGAGCUGGGGCAAGCGGGCCGCUGAGGUGCAGAAGCCCGUUUCAGGCAGAUCAGGUGACAGGAUGCACUCCACCCCAGGAUGGCCCCUGUGGCCCAGUCAAUGUGAGGGUUAUGGCGGCGGAGGAGUGCCCCAGGAUUAGUGGAUGCUGGGGUGACCGCAGGAUAAGAAACUUAAUGGUCUCAUAGUGGUUACCGGACAGAAGCAUGCGCACUGGCGUGGUCUGGUGAGUCACUGUCCCUAGUAGAUGGCCGUCCAGAGCGUUGGCUGGAACAGGACAAGGCAGCUGUACCUGCUCGAUACCCAGCUGACGGACUAGGUCCUCAUCAAUGAAGCUGUCAUCAGCGCCAGAGUCAAUGAAUGUAGCGAGGGUCUGUGGUCCGUUCGCGAGCAGCAGCUGAGCGUGGAAAAGGGGUCUCUGGUGGGGAGAGAGUCUUGUGGUUCGGCUCACCAGUAUCUCCCCUGCUACGGGUGAGCCACGCCUUUUACUGGACACCGGGAUAUGAAGUGGCCAGCCCGGCCGCAGUACAGGCAAAGACCUCCCUGGCGACGACGCUCCCGCUCCUCCCGGGUGAGACUGGUGCGCCCUACUUCCAUGGGUUCAACCUACCCUGGUUGGGACCCCAAGGUGAAGCUGGUGGCUGCUGCAGAAGUUCGACGCUGGGUGAAAACACGACGAACUGUCUCCCCCUUGCGUCUCCCCUGUCGCCUUGCCUGGAUGCGUCUGUCCACUCGGGAAGUCAAUUCUACCAAGCCAUCCAAGUUGUCAGACAAAUCAAAAGAGAUCAGUUCAUCCUUAACAUAAUCCGCUAGUCCCGUCAAAAACACCUCACACUGGGCUGCCUCGUUCCAGUCGCUAAGGCGUGCCCUUGUGCGAAACUCUAGGGCAUAAUCCACAACUGUCCAGUCCCCCUGGCGCAGUUCCGCUAGUCCCCCGCUUGGAUCUGGACCCUUGGAGACUGCCCCGAACACCUUGCGAAGCUCCGCAGAAAACAGCAGAAAAGAAGAACAAGCUGGCGUACGUCUCUCCCAUUCAGCAGUACCCCAAAGUCGCGCUCUGCCAGUUAGGUGGUUGAUGGUGAAGGCCACCUUAGCCUCCUCCGUGGCAAAGGUGUGGGACUGCAGAGAGAACAGAAUGGAGCAGUUCGUAAUGAAUGGGUUGCAGCCCUCGGGUUCUCCCGUGUUGCGCUCUGGGGUUCCCACACGAGGCUCGUGUGUUGGAGCAGGCGGCAGAGAGGCAAGAGACGGCGCAAAGGCUACGAGCUGGGUCAGAGCAGUUGUCAGUUGAAGCAUCUGGGUGGUCAUCGCCGCCAUAGCCCGCUCCUGGGCUGCUGUGGACUGCCGCUUCUCCGUGGCGAAGCGGACCAUCUGCGCCUCGUGCUGCUGGAGGGCCUCCUUGAUCCUCUCAAACCGGCUUGCUGAAGAAGGGGGUGCUGGGUCCAUGACUGGCCAGAUUGUAAUGUUACGGAUCGAAGACCAGGGACCCAAGCACAAUGGACGAAACAGACCACCAUGAAGAAAGGCCAGAGUGGCUCCAGCUGGACCGGCGAGUGCAGCCUCAUGUUUGGAGGAAACGUCCCGAAGGCGCUGACUCCCUCCUCCUCCUCCUCCUCCUCCUCCUCCUCCUCCUCCCAGGUGACCUCCAUCGACGGAGUGAACUUCAACGAGGGCGACCUGCUGCUCCAGGCGCUGAGCGGCUUCGUGCUGGUGGUGACGGCUGAAGGCUACGUCUUCUACACCUCCCCCACCAUCCAGGACUUCCUGGGCUUCCAUCAGUCGGACGUCGUGCACCAGAGUGUGUUCGAGUUGAUCCACACGGACGACCGAGCACUCUUCAGACAGCAGCUUCACUUCGCUCUCAACCCCGACACCAGCCAGACGGACAGCCUCAGCGAGCAGAGCUCGGCGGAGGUCAGCAGCAACGUGAUGACCUACGACCCCCAGGCCAUCCCUCCGGAGAACUCGUCCUUCCUGGAGAGAAACUUCUGCUGCCGCUUCCGCUGCCUGCUGGACAACUCCUCCGGCUUCCUGGCGCUGAACUUCCGCGGCCGCCUGAAGUUCAUCCACGGCCAGAACCGGGUGUCGGAGGACGGGGCGCCGGUUCCCCCGCAGCUCGCCCUGUUCGCCAUCGCCACGCAGAUGCAGCGGCCCUCCAUCCUGGAGAUCCGCACCAAGACGCUCAUCUUCCAGUCCAAGCACAAGCUGGACUUCACGCCCAUGGGCAUCGACAACAGAGGGAAGGUGGUCCUGGGUUACAAUGAAGUGGAGCUCUGCAUGAAAGGCUCCGGCUACAACUUCAUCCACGCUGCAGACAUGAUGUACUGCGCCGACAACCACCUGAGAAUGAUGAAAACCGGAGAGAGCGGCUUCACCGUCUUCAGGCUUCUGGCCAAAACCGGGUCGUGGAUCUGGGUCCAGGCCAACGCCAGGCUGGUCUUCAAAGCAGGGAAGCCGGACUUCAUCGUGGCCCGUCAGAGGGCUUUGAUAAACGAAGAAGGGGAAGAUCAGCUCCGCCUCCGUCGGCUGCAGCUGCCGUUCAACUUCACCACCGGGGAGGCGCUGCUUUACGAUAUCACUCCAACCGUCGACACCCCCGACCCUUGCUCCGCCCCCAAGCAGAGAAAGCUGGACGACCACACCGUGAGCCGCGAGUCCAUGAUGGGCUGCAUGCUGAGCCAGGACCAGUCUCUCUACUGCGACCACAACAAGAACAACGCCUUCAACAUCAUCAACGACGACGCCUUCAAGCACAGCCACGCCACGGUCAGCGUGCCCGGAGAUAUGUGGGAGCUCGCGGCGCCCAAACCCGCCGUGGGGAAUGUGGUGAAGUCCGAGGACACGGUUCAGGACAUGAUAGAGACCCUGCAGCAGAUCCUCGGGGAGAACGACCUCAGCACCCUGGACGUCGGGCCCGAGGAGCUGAAGAGCUGGGAGAGUACCCUGCUGAAGAUGAGCAGCAACAUCUGCGAGACCAACGAGAACCUUGACGACAUUCUCAGCAACGACAUCCUGACAUACGUGGAGGAGCAGCUGCAGAGGGAGGGCGGCCUCAAGCUGCCGGAGCAGCUGGACCUGGUGCCGGACUGCCUCUCCACUCUGGAGCCCCAGAACCAGCAACCUGAGCAGACCGUCGGCUGGCCCCCAGAUCCCCACAACCAGCUGAUACCAAAUGUAGGGCAGAUGGUAGCGCCUCCAGUCCUGGGCCACAUGAAGCUGACCCACAUGGAUCUUCCUCAGCUGGGUUUUAACGGUCCAACUCUUCAGCAGACCACCUGUGUUGCUCUCCAACUGGGAACCACUGGUGCUCCAGUUACCUUCAACCCCUCCACACAGAACCAAUACAGAACCUUGCAAGUCGCUGACAAGGACAACAACCGCGGAUCAUUCUCGCUGAGGCAACCUUCAGCCAAUCAGAUUCACCCCAACCCAGCGGCUCAGCUAAUGCAGAGCCCCCAUCAGGUGAUGGCGCCGAACGCACCAGCCGGCCUCCAAAGCACCAACAGACAGUCAAAUCCUAGGUUCAACUUUCAGGAAAACCAGUGGAACUCAAACCAAGCAGACGCCUUUGUAGAAAUGUACGCCCAAAGUAUUCCAAGUUCCUCCUCGUCGAGCUGCGUACAGGACCGCUUUGCCCUGAACACACAAAACAACGCCAAUCAGAGACCGGCCUGGUCACUGGAGCAGCAGCUGGUCUCAGGGGGACCCCAACAAGUGGGCGCCCGCCUCCACCAGGCGUCAGGGUAUCAAAGGAACCCUCUGCACGUCGUCAAUGGCGGUCCGAUGUUCAGGACUCCAGAGACCUCAAAUGUGCAGUUUCCUGUUCAGCGGGUCGCGGAGCCGGUGCUGCCGCUGAGCAGUUGUAUGUUCAGAAACGUGCCCACGUCCGUGCCUGUGAACGGAGUGCACCCCAGCCAGCGACUGAACCCCGCCGGCAACCAGAUUCCCUCCAAGCCCUCCUGCCUCUACCAGGGUCUCCCCAGGGGGGGUUCCGUGCCGGGGAUGAGGGCCAUCCCGGAUCCCGAUGAGGCCGCGCUGUCCUGCCAAGUGACGGCCGAUCUGGACCGGGGCGGUCUGCUGCUGCAGCAACAGCAGUACCUGAACUUCAGUGAACCGACGCAGAUCAACAGCCGUCCGGCCGUCGGGAGUGGAGGCUUCCCCUUCUCCUCUCUGCCCGACGGGAGCGCUUACUACUCAGAGAGCAAGUAGGAAUCAGCCCUGAGGAUCCCAACUACUAAACAGGAAGACUCCUGUCUCUAAACUCAUCGGUGGAUCAGACUGAAGAACAGAAAUGUGAGGAGCCUCUCCUCUCUCCUUUCUCCUUUCUCCUUACUCCUUUCUCCUCUAUUCUCUCUCUCUCCUUUGCCCUCUCUCCUCUCUCCUCUCAUUAGGAAACAGUGAUGGAAGCUGUGUGGUUCAGGACAUCUGGUUUCUGAGGAGGAGAAAGAAAUCUGUUUGGAGUUAGUUUUUUAUCAAAGAAAGAAGCAUGAAUUCCCUCCUUGGAGAUGGUUGAUGAUACCAACAAAAGAGCAUGAAUUCCUUCCUUGGAGCUGGUUGAUGAUACCAACAAAAGAGCAUGAAUUCCGUCCUUGGAGCUGAUUGAUACCAACAAAAGAGCAUGAAUUCCUUCCUUGGAGCUGAUUGAUGAUACCAACAAAAGAGCAUGAAUUCCGUCCUUGGAGCUGAUUGAUACCAACAAAAGAGCAUGAAUUCCUUCCUUGGAGCUGGUUGAUGAUACCAACAAAAGAGCAUGAAUUCCGUCCUUGGAGCUGAUUGAUACCAACAAAAGAGCAUGAAUUCCGUCCUUGGAGCUGAUUGAUGAUACCAACAAAAGACCAUGAAUUCCGUCCUUGGAGCUGAUUGAUACCAACAAAAGAGCAUGAAUUCCUUCCUUGGAGCUGAUUGAUGAUACCAACAAAAGAGCAUGAAUUCCCUUCUUGGAGCUGAUUGAUUAUACCAACAAAAGAGCAUGAAUUCCUUCCUUGGUGCUGAUUGGAUUAUACCAACAAAAGAGCAUGAAUUCCUUGCUUGGAGCUGAUUGAUGAUACCAACAAAAGAGCAUGAAUUCCCUUCUUGGAGCUGAUUGAUACCAACAAAAGACCAUGAAUUCCUUCCUUGGUGCUGAUUGGAUUAUACCAACAAAAGAGCAUGAAUUCCUUGCUUGGAGCUGAUUGAUGAUACCAACAAAAGAGCAUGAAUUCCCUUCUUGGAGCUGAUUGAUACCAACAAAAGAGCAUGAAUUCCUUCCUUGGAGCUGAUUGAUGAUACCAACAAAAGAGCAUGAAUUCCCUUCUUGGAGCUGAUUGAUGAUACCAACAAAAGAGCAUGAAUUCCCUUCUUGGAGCUGAUUGAUGAUACCAACAAAAGAGCAUGAAUUCCUUCCUUGGUGCUGAUUGGAUUAUACCAACAAAAGAGCAUGAAUUCCUUGCUUGGAGCUGAUUGAUGAUACCAACAAAAGAGCAUGAAUUCCUUCCUUGGUGCUGAUUGGAUUAUACCAACAAAAGAGCAUGAAUUCCUUCCUUGGUGCUGAUUGGAUUAUACCAACAAAAGAGCAUGAAUUCCUUCCUUGGAGCUGAUUGGAUUAUACCAACAAAAGAGCAUGAAUUCCUUGCUUGGAGCUGAUUGGAUUAUACCAACAAAAGAGCAUGAAUUCCUUCCUUGGAGCUGAUUGAUGAUACCAACAAAAGAGCAUGAAUUCCUUCCUUGGAGCUGAUUGAUUAUACCAACAAAAGAGCAUGAAUUCCUUGCUUGGAGCUGGUUGAUUAUACCAACAAAAGAGCAUGAAUUCCUUGCUUGGAGCUGGUUGAUUAUACCAACAAAAGAGCAUGAAUUCCUUCCUUGGAGCUGGUUGGAUUAUACCAACAAAAGAGCUUUAAUGGAUGGAAGUUUGGCUCAUCAUCAAAUGUCUCUUUAUCGGUCCUCCUCCCUUACCACACACAUACUGUACAAAGACACAAACCUGACCUUUGUGUGUCUUCUUCAUUGAAAGCCGCACUGGGACACGCCCACUGCAACUCGUUUUUCGUCAACGCCUCUCAGACGAAUCCAUAUCUGUGACAUAUUUACCCAGAUAUGUUCAAUAUUUACCCAGAUAUAUAUGUUCAAUAUUUACCCAGAUAUGUUCAAUAUUUACCCAGGUAUGUUCAAUAUUUACCCAGGUAUGUUCCCCGCCCUCUGAGUUGAGAACGAUCUGGAUGGGAGGAGCAUGUUGGAUGCCGUGAAGACGGGGUCAGAGACAAUAACGUACUGAUUCCCUCCAACGCGACAGGGUGGACACUCCCUGGUAAUUAAGGAUCAUCCGUCACCUCCACACACAAACGUCCUACUCCCGGAAAAACCUGCUUUCUAUUUUGAGCGCUCAGAAGGAUAAAAUAUAUAUACUUGUUGUUGUUGUUUGUUGCUAUUUUUGUCCUUGACUACGUUCAUUUCAACUCGUUGCUGUGCCGGUGAGGGAGGUUGUGUGUGCAGACAGGGUAUUAAAAAGAAAACGCACAACAAAAGGAUUCAGUGAAACGCGUCUUGUUCGCGUCUCUUUUAUUCAUUUUUAUCGCUUUUUUAUCUUCUUCUUCUUCUUCCCCUAAUAUGUAUGUGCUGUUGUUUUCCUGUUGUAGGGAGAAAGAGAAACAACAGACAGAACGCUCCGUCUGUUGACAUUUUACAACAUUUCCACCGGGAAUGUUUGCACAAAAAGAAAAGGUGCAGUGGAAAUUAGAUGUUUUAUUUAAACCAAACUCGCCCCUUCGCCUUAAACUUCAUGCAGACAAUUAGUGAGAUUGUUUUUGCACUGUUCCUUUAAAGUGUUUGCCAAAGCAUAGUGAAGAGACAUAAUUCACAAAAAUAAGAGCUUCAUCCUCUAGAUUGUGUUAUUUUAAUUGAACCCAACUUAAAAUACUGAUAAUUAAAGAGAUGUUUUUAAAUAGACUGAAAGUUAAGUUAAGGAGACUGCCUUUAGAGUGUAGUUGUUAUCCCUCUAAUAAAGACCAGCAUGUGCUUCAGCCUGA